AUGUUCCGCCUCCGCCCCGCGCGGCGUCUCCUGCGUCGGCCGUCGCGAUGGACCUCCAGCGUCGCCGUCACUCGCCACGACAGCAACGCGCCCGACCUCUCGAUCACACCCGUUGCCGCACAAAAGCUCGCGGAGACCGCCGCGCGUCAACAGACGGACAGCCUCGUGCUGCGUGUGGCGGUGGAAGGCGGCGGCUGCUCGGGCUUCAAGUACGUGCUCGAGCUGGAGGACGGCGCGGCGCUCAGCGAGACGGACGACGUCGUCUUCGAGCAACACGGCGGCCGCGUCGUCGUGGACAGAGAGUCGCUGGAGCUCGUGCGGGGCAGCACUGUGGACUUUGAGCAGGAGCUCAUCCGCAGCGCGUUCGUAGUGGUCGACAACCCCAACGCAGUCAGCGGCUGCGGCUGCGGCACGUCGUUCGACCUCAGGGACUAA